AUGGCUCCUUCCAAUCUCCUCCUCCUCCUGCUUGCAACUGCAACUCCGUUGAUCACCGGGCAGCUCUUCGACUACCCGACGGCCAACCUCUCAACGAUGUGGACCAACAACAACGCCUCCCUCAAGCACAGCAUCACCUACGCCGAUGGCUCCGUCGUACGGGCCAUUGUUCUCCGGUCACCAAAGACCACCCUCUAUGGUCCUUCUUUCGCCGCAGGGUUCUUCUGCCCCUCCGCACCCUGCGACACUGGUGCUUUCCUGUUUGCCGUCUUCAUCGUCUACACCAACAGUGGUGCCGGCAUCACCUCUGUAACCAAUGGCAUUCCGCAGGUGGUCUGGUCCGCUAACCGGAUCCACCCAGUUAAGGAGAACGCCACCCUCGAGCUUACUGGGGAUGGCAACCUGAUCCUCCGUGAUGCUGAUGGCGUUGGCGUCUGGUCGAGCGGCACUGCAGGCAGGUCCAUUGCUGGCAUGAUGAUCACAGAGCUGGGCAACCUGGUGCUGUUUGAUCAGAAGAAUGCAACAGUAUGGCAGUCGUUUGAACAUCCGACUGAUGCGCUUGUCCCUGGGCAGUCACUACUGGAAAGCAUGAGGCUCACUGCAAAUACAUCUGCAACAAACUGGACUCAGAAUCAGCUGUAUAUAACUGUUCUCCAUGAUGGAUUGUAUGCCUACGUUGAUUCCACACCACCACAGCCCUACUUCUCAAAAUUGGUGAACAAAAACAAGACAGGAAACCAUCCGACACAGUUUACCUUAACAAAUGGCAGCUUCAGUUUCUUUGUACAGUCCACGCCAGAUCCAUAUUCAAGUAUCACAUUGCCAGCAGCCAAGUCUACCCAGUACAUGAGAUUUGAAAAUGACGGACACCUGAGGCUGUACGAAUGGUCUGGCACUGAAGCAAAGUGGGUCAUGGUGUAUGAUGUGAUCAAGAUGUUUCCUGAUGAUGACUGUGCUUUCCCAACGGUCUGUGGGGAGUACGGGGUAUGCACAGGAGGGCAAUGCAGCUGCCCCUUCCAGAGUAACUCUACUUCAAGCUACUUCAAGCUAAUCGACAGGUGGAAGCCGAAUAUUGGUUGCACGCCUCUGACUCCAAUCUCCUGUCAAGCAAUUCAACGCCAUGAGCUCUUGACCCUAAAAGAUGUUUCAUACUUUGAUACAAAUACAAGCCACACCAUUGCAAAUGCUAGAAACAGCGAUGACUGUAAGCAAGCGUGCCUGAAAAAUUGUUCCUGCCAGGCCGUGAUGUUCACAUAUGGACAGAACGAAUCCAAUGGUGACUGCCUGUGGGUCACGAGGGUUUUCUCCUUGCAAUCAAUACAACCUCAGAUUCUUCAUUACAACUCCUCUGCUUACCUCAAGGUGCAGCUUAGCCCCUCCCCUUCUGCAACUACUGCAAAUAAAAAGAAGGCAAUUUUAGGCGCUAUAAUUGGAGGUGUUACUGGUAUUGUACUGGUUCUCAUUGUUGUCACUCUUUAUGUACAAAGGAGGAGGAAGUACCAUGAGAUAGAUGAAGAAUUUGAUUUUGAUCAAUUGCCGGGCAAACCAAUGAGGUUUUCUUAUGCAAAGUUGAGAGAAUGCACCGAAGACUUCAGUCAAAAGCUCGGGGAAGGUGGAUUUGGUUCAGUUUUUGAAGGGAAAUUAAAUGAAGAGAGAGUGGCCGUGAAACGUUUGGAGAGCGCUAGACAAGGGAAAAAAGAAUUCCUGGCAGAGAUUGAAACAAUUGGUAGCACUGAGCACAUCAAUCUUGUCAGGCUGGUAGGAUUCUGUGUAGAGAAAGCACAUAGACUUCUAGUAUAUGAAUAUAUGCCUAGAGGUUCCCUUGACCGGUGGAUAUAUUACCGCCACAAUAAUGCCCCUCUUGAUUGGAGCACCAGGUGUAGGAUCAUUCUGGAUAUUGCCAAGGGCCUAUGCUAUCUUCAUGAGGAGUGCCGGAGAAAAAUUGCUCAUUUGGACAUUAAACCACAGAAUAUUCUGUUAGAUGACAACUUCAAUGCUAAAUUGGCUGAUUUUGGAUUAUCCAAGCUCAUAGACAGGGAUCAAAGCAAAGUAGUGACUGUGAUGAGAGGCACACCUGGGUAUCUGGCGCCUGAAUGGUUAACGUCGCAAAUCACCGAAAAAGUUGAUAUUUACAGCUUUGGAGUUGUUAUGGAAGUAAUAUGUGGAAGAAAAAAUAUCGAUAAUUCUCAGCCUGAGGAAAGCAUCCAUCUGAUCAAUUUGUUACAAGAAAAGGCUCAAAAUAACAGGCUGAUUGAUAUGAUUGACAAACAAAGUCAUGACAUGGUCACACACCAGGAUAAAGUUAUUCAGAUGAUGAAGCUUGCAAUGUGGUGCUUGCAACAUGAUAGCAGUCGAAGGCCAUUGAUGUCAACGGUAAUAAAGGUACUGGAAGGUACAAUGACCGUAGAAACUUCCAUAGAUUACAAUUUCUUCAGUUCAGAUCCAGUAUUGUCUGUUCAAAGUGAUCAAUCAGCAUAUUCAGCUCCACCACUGGCAUCAAUCUUAUCUGGUCCAAGAUGA